AUGUCAUAUUUCAUCGAACAUCAUUUCUAUAUUCUAGUUCCUGCUGCAGUAGAGAAUGUGAUCAUAGAGAAUAUCACCACCAAUUCUGUUCUCCUGAUCUGGCAAACACCUGAAGGGAACAGAAGUUCAUAUGAAUUAGAAGUUUUAGGCGAUUCAGCAUCGGUUGUGAGCAUUAAUUCUAAUGACACAUCUUACCUUGUGGACCAGUUAAUACCUGGGAACUUUUACACAUUCAAUGUCUAUGCCAAAGCUGGAAACGGUUUGACUGGGGGCAUCGCAGAAAACUAUACAUACACAGGUAAACAUAGAAUAGCAGGUUGAUAUCUCAUUAUAAAAUUUGAAAAGCAAAUGAUAGCUAAAUAAUUACAAUUCAGAAGAUAAAAAUAAACUGCUUGUUAGUUGAAAGGAACCUUAAUUUGGUAAAUAUACUAAUAAGUUUAAGGUGACAGCAGAGUGACUUAGUUAGAUUUGACAAUGCAUUGACUAUACUAAUUUGACAAUGUAAGAUUUUAAAGCAACUGUGGUAUAUCCAUGUUUUCCCUUUGUUAAAUCCAGGUUAAGUUUCUUGAAGGCAAAAUCUUUUGCCAUUUGCCAAGACAGUGUUGCAAUGGGUUUUGACCUACCAUGCAAUGUUUCUGAUGGUUGCUGUUAUUCACAAUCAAGGCGCUCAGUGUUUCUAUUAUAGUUGAAGCAUUGUUGUCUUGUGCAUAUUUCAAAAAUAUAUAUAUGGUCAAAGACAAAACUAAUAUUUCAAUAUCCUUCGUUUAUGUCAUAUUUCAUCGAACAUCAUUUCUAUAUUCUAGUUCCUGCUGCAGUAGAGAAUGUGAUCAUAGAGAAUAUCACCACCAAUUCUGUUCUCCUGAUCUGGCAAACACCUGAAGGGAACAGAAGUUCAUAUGAAUUAGAAGUUUUAGGCGAUUCAUCAUCGGUUGUGAGCCUUAAUUCUAAUGAUACAUCUUACCUUGUGGACCAGUUAAUACCUGGGAACUUUUACACAUUCAAUAUCUAUGCCAAAGGUGGAAACGGUUUGACUGGGGGCAUCGCAGAAAACUAUACAUUCACAGGUAAACAUAAAAUAGCAGGUUGAUAUCUUAUUAUAAAAUUUGAAAAGCAAAUGAUAGCUAAAUAAUAACAAUUCAGAAGAUAAAAAUAAACUGCUUGUUAGUUGAAAGGAACCUUAAUUUGGUAAAUAUACUAAUAAGUUUAAGGUGACAGCAGAGUGAUUUAGUUAGAUUUGACAAUGCAUUGACUAUACUAAUUUGACAAUGUAAGAUUUUAAAGCAACUGUGGUAUAUCCAUGUUUUCCCUUUGUUAAAUCCAGGUUAAGUUUCUUGAAGGCAAAAUCUUUUGCCAUUUGCCAAGACAGUGUUGCAAUGGUUUUUGACCUACCAUGCAAUGUUUCUGAUGGUUGCUGUUAUUCACAAUCAAGACGCUCAGUGUUUCUACUAUAGUUGAAGCAUUGUUGUCUUGUGCAUAUUUCAAAAAUAUAUAUAUGGUCAAAGACAAAACUAAUAUUUCGAUAUCUUUUGUUUGUCAUAUUUCAUCGAACAUCAUUUCUAUAUUCUAGUUCCUGCUGCAGUAGAGAAUGUGAUCAUAGAGAAUAUCACCACCAAUUCUGUUCUCCUGAUCUGGCAAACACCUGAAGGGAACAGAAGUUCAUAUGAAUUAGAAGUUUUAGGCAAUUCAUCAUCGGUUGUGAGCCUUAAUUCUAAUGAUACAUCUUACCUUGUGGACCAGUUAAUACCUGGGAACUUUUACACAUUCAAUAUCUAUGCCAAAGGUGGAAACGGUUUGACUGGGGGCAUCGCAGAAAACUAUACCUUCACAGGUAGACAUAAAAUAGCAGGUUGAUAUCUUAUUAUAAAAUUUGAAAAGCAAAAUGAUAGCUAAAUAAUUAACUUUCAGAAGAUAAAAAUAAACGGCAUGUUAGUUGAAAGGAACAUUAAUUUGGUAAAUAUAUACUAAUGAGUUUAAGGUGACAGCAGAGUGAGUUAGUUAGAUUUGACAAUGCAUUGACUAUACUAAUUUGACAAUGUAAGAUUUUAAAGAAAGUGUGGUAUAUCCAUGUUUUCCCUAUGUUAAAUCCAGGUUAAGUUUCUUGAAGGCAAAAUCUUUUGCCAUUUGCCAAGACAGUGUUGCAAUGGGUUUUGACCUACCAUGCAAUGUUUCUGAUGGUUGUUGUUAUUCACAGUCAAGGCGCUCAGUGUUUCUACUAUAGUUGAAGCAUUGUUGUCUUGUGCAUAUUUCAAAAAUAUAUAUAUGGUCAAAGACAAAACUAAUAUUUCAAUAUCUUUUGUUCAUGUCAUAUUUCAUCGAACAUCAUUUCUAUAUUCUAGUUCCUGCUGCAGUAGAGAAUGUGAUCAUAGAGAAUAUCACCACCAAUUCUGUUCUCCUGAUCUGGCAAACACCUGAAGGGAACAGAAGUUCAUAUGAAUUAGAAGUUUUAGGCGAUUCAUCAUCGGUUGUGAGCCUUAAUUCUAAUGACACAUCUUACCUUGUGGACCAGUUAAUACCUGGGAACUUUUACACAUUCAAUAUCUAUGCCAAAGCUGGAAACGGUUUGACUGGGGGCAUCGCAGAAAACUAUACAUUCACAGGUAAACAUAGAAUAGCAGGUUGAUAUCUCAUUAUAAAAUUUGAAAAGCAAAAUGAUAGCUAAAUAAUUAACUUUCAGAAGAUAAAAAUAAACUGCAUGUUAGUUGAAAGGAACAUUAAUUUGGUAAAUAUAUACUAAUGAGUUUAAGGUGACAGCAGAGUGAAUUAGUUAGAUUUGACAAUGCAUUGACUAUACUAAUUUGACAAUGUAAGAUUUUAAAGCAACUGUGGUAUAUCCAUGUUUUCCCUUUGUUAAAUCCAGGUUAAGUUUCUUGAAGGCAAAAUCUUUUGCCAUUUGCCAAGACAGUGUUGCAAUGGGUUUUGACCUACCAUGCAAUGUUUCUGAUGGUUGCUGUUAUUCACAAUCAAGGCGCUCAGUGUUUCUAUUAUAGUUGAAGCAUUGUUGUCUUGUGCAUAUUUCAAAAAUAUAUAUAUGGUCAAAGACAAAACUAAUAUUUCAAUAUCUUUUGUUUAUGUCAUAUUUCAUCGAACAUCAUUUCUAUAUUCUAGUUCCUGCUGCAGUAGAGAAUGUGAUCAUAGAGAUUAUCACCACCAAUUCUGUUCUCCUGAUCUGGCAAACACCUGAAGGGAACAGAAGUUCAUAUGAAUUAGAAGUUUUAGGCGAUUCAUCAUCGGUUGUGAGCCUUAAUUCUAAUGACACAUCUUACCUUGUGGACCAGUUAAUACCUGGGAACUUUUACACAUUCAAUAUCUAUGCUAAAGCUGGAAACGGUUUGACUGGGGGCAUCGCAGAAAACUAUACAUUCACAGGUAACCAUAGAAUAGCAGGUUGAUAUCUCAUUAUAAAAUUUGAAAAGCAAAAUGAUAGCUAAAUAAUUAACUUUCAGAAGAUUAAAAUAAACGGCAUGUUAGUUGAAAGGAACAUUAAUUUGGUAAAUAUAUACUAAUGAGUUUAAGGUGACAGCAGAGUGAAUUAGUUAGAUUUGACAAUGCAUUGACUAUACUAAUUUGACAAUGUAAGAUUUUAAAUCCAGGUUACAUUUCUUGAAGGCAAAAUCUUUUUCCAUUUGCAAAGACAGUGUUGCAAUGGGUUUUGAAAUACAAGGCAAUGUUUUUGAUGGUUGCUGUUAUUCACAAACAAGGCGCUCAGUGUUUCUAUUAUAGUUGAAGCAUUGUUGUCUUGUGCAUAUUUCAAAAAUCGUGAAAAAUUGUUCCAUACUUACCGUAAUUUUAUUUUCCUGAUCAUUAUUCAUGGCAGCAUUUACUCAUGGGAUAGCUCCUCCCCUUACAGCAGAAAGGACAGGAAAUAGAACUUUGAAACUGGUAUAAAUAGAUCCUUCCCCUUCCCAUCAGGCAGUCUUUGUAACUAGCAUCACAACUGCUAUAGUAUAUGGGUGGGAACGUAAUGCUGCCAUGAAUAAUGAUCAGGAAAAGAAAAUUACGGUAAGUAUGGAACAAUUUUCCACUUUCCUGACCAUUAUUCAUGGCAGCAUUUAUUCAUGGGGAAUACCCAAGCAAUAUAUAUAUAUAUAUUAUAUUAUACACAACCCCAUCUGCUAGAGUGGUAGGUCAAGGAUUCUGCUCAAAUUGGUUGAACAUUAAGAACAGUACAAGACAAGGAUGCCCUUUAGCUCCAAUCCUUUAUAUCAUGUCUCUGGAACUACUUGCUAAUACUAUAUAAAAUAACAGAAAUAUUAAGGACAUAAAAAUAGGCACAAUAAAAUAUAAAUUAACCAUGUAUGCAGAUGGCAUGCUGGUGACUCUUAGCUCCCCAGAAAUAUAUUUAUCUUAUUUGUUUAAAGAGAUAGAUGUAUGUAGCUCUUUGUCUAACUAUUAAGAAAACAAAAAUAAAUCUGAAAUGAUGCCAAUAGCACUAGAAGCAGAAACUAUUCACAAUAUUCAAAGACAAUAUGGGCUUCUAGUGAACAAAUCAGGGAUUAUAUAUAUAUAUAAUCUACGCUUCAUCAAGGAGGGUUAAGCCUACCUAAACUGGAAAAUUAUGCCAAUGUAGUGAUGGUUACUCAAGCUCAUAAUUUUCAAGUAGACAAUUCUAAACAAGAAGACUGGUACUUGAUAGAAUCUGAGUUAUUAAAAAUCAAAAAUUUAGAAAAUAUUCUGUGGGCUCAUCAUAACGAGAUUAAAAAAAUAAUUAGAUAUAACACUUUGAAUAUUCUUGAUAACAUUAUUAAUGGUUGGACAAGGGCACAUCUUUCAGUUGGGGUGGGGUUCUUCAACCUCCCUCCUCCCACUAAUCCAACCAAUAAUCCAGUCGAAACCAAUAACAAAAGCAUAAAAUCAUUGUGUAGCAGAAGCAUGCUCCUCAUUCUGUCUUCACUAACACAGCAGGGAUAGAGAAACAGCACUGGAGCCCGUUCUGCAUGAAUCACACUUUCUCUCUUCCAACUGUAUAUGUGUGACUUUGUCAACCAUACCCAAUGCACUUUUCCAGCAUUCCUGGAAAAAAGGCUGGUUGAUUAGAUCAGUGUUCCCCCUGGAGUGGGUAUGGAAAGCAUAAGAAAGAAGAAGCAGGUUAAUAUGAAAAAAAAUAAAUCUGCCUGCUCUUUUUGUGCUGCAGAGUAAGGCAAUUGUCCACUUCAAAACUAAAGGUUUUAAAUGAGACAGUAAUUUCAAGGUGAUGCAUGUCCAUUAACCCAUGCAUGCACUGUUAUUUGCUCACAUUCAUACACAUGUCAUGUGGACUGUCUUUACAAUUUAUAUAAGAUGUGUGGAUUAUGAUUUUGUCUUUUGCAUCAAUUAGCACUGGGAAAAAUCAAUGAAUUAGUAAAAUCUCCAUAUAUUGUUCAGUAUAGAUCAUUAUAUGUUUUUUUUAUAUUCUAGUUCCUGCAGUAAUUGCGGAUGUGAUUAUACAGAAUAUCACCACUAACUCUGUAUUGCUGAGCUGGCCAACUCCCCCUGGGAACAGAAGUUCAUAUGAGUUAGAAGUUUCCGGCACUCCAUCACAGAACAUGACCCUUAAUUAUUAUGAAACAACUGUGUUUUUAGAUCAUCUAGUGCCUGGGAAUUUUUACAUAUUCACUAUGUUUGCCAAAGCCGGAAAUGGUUUGAGUGGAAAUAAAACAGAAAAAGCAACAUAUACACGUAAGUAUAUUAAACCAUGUUAAAGGAUUACUCUAAGUACCAUAAUCACUGCACUAUAUUGCAGGGGUAAUGGUGCUUGGAGUCUGCAUGUGCAGCAUUUUGGUUUGAAACAUUUCCCAUACAGGAAUAACCUUGGUCAUUGGUCAUUGGUCACUCAACUACAGCACCUAUUUGUAUAAUUGUAAAAUCUAUUUAAAUGCAAAAGAUUAAAAAAUAUAAAACAUACUUUUAUUAUUACAAAUUUCCAUCUCUGGUCUGUUGUUAAACUAUUUUACCGGUCAAAUGUGCAUCAGACCAUUGAAAUCAAGCCAUCAUUGAUCAAAUGAUAGAAAAUAAGUUAAAUAGAAUAGAAAUAAGCACUCACUAAAAAGAGAAGAGAUUGGUGGGCAGCAGUAAAUCUGUGAGAAUUCCCAAAAUCUCGCUAACAAUACAGAUAAGGGCAAACAGGGAGAUGAACCACGCCACAAGAAAAAUAAAAUAAAAUAAUACAGAAUUUGGUAAUAUAUAACAGGAGAUAUAUCUACAUCAGUAUAUAUUCAAUCUAUAUACACAGGAAUGGGAUAGUUUAUAUAACCUUUAAAGGAAGCAGAAAUGGACAACAUAUAGUGCAAUAUGUAGCAGUAAUGUGGACUAUUUGAGGUAGGUAUAUAGAGUGCUAACUCACAAUUGGUUGAGCUACUAAGAGCUCUGCUGUUAUGCGCCCGGACGGUACAAUCCCUGUUUGUGGAUAUAAGUAGCUCUGUUCUAUUGUUCUUGCCAUCCAAUAUAUAUAUGGGAAAACACAAUAGAGAGAGAUCUUAUGGUGUAGUUAGUACAUACGUACACAAACUAAAAGAUAAAAAGCGGUAUCCUACUUACAAUAUCCAGAGCAAUGGCCUGCUCUGGUAUGGAGAGCGUUGGUGGCAUUAUCCCCACCUAGGAUAUGCAGGAUAUACCAGGGAGAAUGAUGACAGGAAUGUGAUGAAAUAAAAUAAAAAUAAUAAAAUGGAAAUAUACCUAUAAAAUUAUAAAUACUUUAUUAUUAGUAGAACAACUAAUAAUAAAGUAUUUAUAAUUUUAAAGGUAUAUUUCCAUUUUAUCCAUUUUAUUAUUCGAAUAACUAAUAAUAAAGUAUUUAUAAUUUUAAAGGUAUAUUUCCAGUAUAAGUAUGCUAGGGACAGAAGUUUUUAUUUUUCAAUUUUACAAUGUAUGCGAUGACAUGUGAUGACAACAUGUUUAUGUUAAGAUGACCAUAUGUCCUAGUAAACAUAUGUUAACUGAGCCAAUAACAAACUGACAUCAGUCCCUUGGAAAACUUUGGUCUUUGGCACCAAUAAAAGCACUUACAAAGUAUCAAUAGAGCCUCACCUGUCACGAAACACCUUUAAAGUAUUCCCUUCUGCAGUGCUCUUUUCUGUUAUUUUAUCCUUUUAGUUGCCAACAUUGCACGAGGGCCACUUGUAAAGAAAGAAAGGUACGGGAGCUAUGGGAUUCCCAGAGAACCGAUUGAACUUCUGCUUACGUUGCACUUUGUGUGUGAUGUCAGCGUGUGAAUGCAAAAGUGUAUUUGUGUAGUGCAGUCGUGAUUGAAUACAAUCUGAACUUCAGAGAAAGAGGCCCAGUGGAUUAUCUGAGAAUGUAUACCCAAGCAAAAAUUUACCACCAUUUUGUCCAAAGAUUUAACAGAAACAAAAGUGUCAGGGGGGGGGGCGAAUAGAUUAGAUUGGGGGGAAUAGAUUAGGCUGCUUUAUUACAAAAAAAAGGGGAAAAAACACUACCCCAAAUCCAUACACAUUUAAAUAAAACCUCAGUUAUUUAAACGUGCAUAAGAAUUUGAUAUAGUGCACAAGUAACUUUUUUUCUUUUAUUUUAUUGUAUGUAUUGGAGCUGGCAUGUAAUAUAGCCAUUGCAGCUACCCAGGAGUAGUGAGAGUUUAGGUGCAGAGCUGAAUUUUGUAUGUUUGCAUUCUUACAGAGGCUGUUAUAAUUUUGAAUUAUUUAAAUUGAUUAUAUACAUUUAUACCAUGUAGAAGACUGCAACAUUUUGAGAAAAAAAACCAUAAGUUGUCUGUGUGUAUCAGGGAAAUAAUGAGGUUACAAUAAUAAUGUUAAAAAGUUUUUUUUUGGACAAAUUAAUUGUUUAACUUUCUUAAUUUCUUUUCUUUUCCAUGUACAUUAGUUGCUUGUGAAGCUUUAAAAGUUAUUGUAUGUUUACUUUUUUGCUGUUUUCUAGCUCCUGGUAAAGUAACCAUUCUCGAUGUCUUGAAAUUAAAUUUAAGUUCAUUGUAUUUGAGCUGGUCACCCUCAGAAGGAAACCAAAGUGCUUAUUUGGUGGAUGUUUUGGGAGAGUCAAGCCAGUGGUUCACCGUAACUACAGAAUCCGCAACUAUUACCAACUUGACCACUGAUAUCCAGUACACAGUGAGGAUCUCUGCACUUGCUGGAGAGAAUGACCUGAAACUGCAGGGAAGCAGCAGUGAUAUUUCAGUCCUAUGUUAGUAUUAUUUUAUGAUAAUAUUGAUGAUGUAAAUGUUUAGGAAUAAAAUGAAGACCUUCUAAGUACUUGUUUAAAUGAAAAAGCAGGCAUUUACAUUGCAGAGUUACAAAGUUUUGCUGAUUUAAAAUGUUAUUGGAUUUCCUAGUUUAAUUAAUACUUUUUUAUUAAUGGGAAUCAGUUUAGGAAUUAGUUGAUAAGGUUUUCUUUGAAAUAGUUUUUAUUAAAGAAUUUUGUAAAUUUAACAAUAAUGAACAAUAAAAUCAAAACAAAUUAAAAAAGGCAAAAAUCAUCUAUGGCCAUACCAGAAUUAAUUUCCAUACCUUCUUAAUUAUUUGGUUCCUUAUUUAAAAACGUAUGUACCUGAGAUAAAGGGUGCACAUUUUUAAAUGUUAGCUCAGUGGUGAUUGCUUCUUUAAAAAUUUGCCAUAGAAUAAAACCUGAUUUUUUUUUUAAUAAAUCAAUCCCAUUACAUUAAAAGAUGUAUUUAGUGGAACACGAUAUCCAUAUAUGUAUCUAGGUAUUUAGGAUAGACAAUGGUUAAUCAACUGAUAUUAAACUGGUUGUAUUUUAUAUAUCUCUUCAACAGUGUCAGACACCCUUAGUGCUACCAACAUUACCACCAACUCAUUAAAACUGGUCUGGCUGCCUGAGAACAUUGAGCAGAUAUCCUACAAUAUAACUAGUUUUGGUAUUCCAUCUUAUAAUUGGUCUGGGGCUUCGGAAGAAGUGCUUAUUGAGAGUUUAAUACCAGGGAAUCUUUAUACAAUUCAGUUAUCAGCUUCACAAGAGAACAAUGUAUUGUAUGGCUAUGGAGGACGGAUUUCUGUGUUUACAAGUAAGUACUGAUUUAUUUCCUUUAUUAUAAUCUUAUACAGUGUGUUAUUUCUGGAUUACAUAACAUACAACAUGUUUAACUGUUUUCUGAAAAAUUACAAUUCAUGCUGUACUUGUACAAAUAUAUAUUUAGCUAUGAAACAUCAGUGACUGAAUACAAAGAACAUUUGUCCUAAAACAAUAAUAUGGGAACUUCAAAGAUCCCUUACAUGUUCUUAUUAAAGAAAUUAUCUUGGCACCAUACAAAUGUAAUUGCAAUGAACAUGCAAGGGGGGCAUGCAGUGAUUGGCUGAGAGCAUCAGACGACUCGCACUGCCUAUCACCGGCUUCCCUUCACAUAUAGUGGCAGUCAGUUUUAGGCUGAGAGGAUCAGUUGAUGAUCUCAGCCAAACAGUGCAGCCCCCCACUGCUACUAACGUUAAUACUCCAGCAUUAGCCCAGAAGAAGAGGAAUGGUUGAGAUCAGCCCCUAGGCUCAAUCUCAAGUUUUAAAGCAUUCAAAAAGAUUUAAUGUUGAAAGGUAAGAUUUCCCAGGGCAAUAACAACUUAAUGGAGAUGAAGUUGUUACAUUGCCCGAAGUAUCACUUUAAAUAAUUCACAUCACUCUGCUCUUAACUAUUUACCCUCAUAUUAAUAUUUGUUAUUAAAAUGUCUAAAGUUGUGUUCUGAUUGUUCAGUUACAAAUAUUAUGUAGCAUAAUAUAAUUGCUGUGGCAACUGACAUUUAAUGUGGAUAAGUGCAAGAUAAUACAUCUUGGACGUAAAAAACCCAAGGGCAGAGUAUAGAAUAUUUGAUAGAAUCCUAACCUCAACAUCUGAAAAAAAGAUUUAGGGGUAAUCAUUUCAGGUGACCUAAAAUUAGGCAGACAGUGUAAUAGAGUAGCAGGAAAUGCUAGCAGAAUGCUUCAUUGUAUAGGGAGAGGUAUUAGCAGUAGAAAGAGGGAAGUGCUCAUGCCAUUGUACAGAACACUGGUGAGACUACUAAACUGGUUCAUGGAUUACAGGAUACAGGAUAAAACUUACAAGGAAAGGUUAAAGGAUCUUAACAUGUAUAGUUUGGAGGAAAGACGAGAUGGGGGAUAUGAUAGAAACAUUUAAAUACAUGAAGGGAAUCAACACAGUAAAGGAGGAGACUAUAUUUAAAAGAAGAAAAACUACCACAACAAGGACAGUCUUAAAUUAGAGGGGCAAAGAUUUAAAAGUAAUGUCAAUAAGUGUUACUUUACUGAGAGGGUAGUGGAUGCAUGGAAUAGCCUUCCAGCUGAAGUGGUAGAGGUUAACACAGUGAAUGAGUUUAAGCAUGUGUGGUAUAGGCAUAAGGCUAUCCUAGGCUUAAGAUAAGGCCAGGGACUAAUGAAAGUAUUUAGAAAUUUGGGCAGACUAGAUGGGCCGAAUAGUUAUUAUAUGCUGUCACAUUCUAUGUUUCUAUGUUUAAAAUAUUAUUAUAAUACCCUUCUAACCUACUUACAAUGACCCUUCAAUUCUUCUAACAGAGGACACUCUCCUUCCUUUUUUAAAAUUUUUUAAAAUUCUUUUUGUUUUUGUCGUGCAAAGAAUUGGUACAAUAAACAUGCGGUGCCACAAUAGCGUGACUUAUUUAACGGUGUCAUACAUAACAAGACUAGGUAUAGCAUUCAUAUUACAUGCACAAAUUUUGUGUUGGUGGACGGUAUCGUGCUGGUCAGGAGCAUAUGCAAGACUUAGUGUGUACAUCGAGUGGGAGACAUCGCUUGUUCCCCCUUGCAGACGGGGGAUGAGGGUAGUACUAUACCUGCAUGAUAAGUGUCUGAGCCGCUGUAGACUCUGCUUCGUAGUGUAGGCAGCGCAUCUAAGAACUACUCUCUCUCCUUCCUUUUGUAUCUACCUUUUCUUUUAACCUGCCUCUGCAUGUAGGAAUGGUGGGCAUAACUGAACUUGCAAUAUGCAAAAUGUUGUCUAUAAACAUACAAAACAACCUUUUUGUUUGUAUAUAAACUGUAACCCACAGAUAAUCUUAUGGAAAAUGUAAACAGAUUUACUAGUAAAUUUAUAAAAAAAAUAUGAAUGGUUGACUAUAAAACAGAAUAUAAUAAGAAGAGUUUUAUUGACUACAGAGUGUGUAGUGUAUGCAGUGUGUCUGUAGUGGAUGCAGAGUGUGUGUGUAUUGGAUGCAGUGUCUGUAUAGUUGAUGCAAAGUGUGUAUAUUGGAUGCAGUGUGUAUACAGUGAAUGCAGAGGUUAUGUGUAGUGGAUGCAGUGGGCGCAAAGUAAAUGCAGUGUGCGUGUACAGUGGAUCCAGAGCGUGUGUAUGGUGGAGGCAAAUGUGUGUGUGUAAUGGAUGUAGUUUGUGUGUGAGUGUGAAUACUGGAUGUAGUGGAUGCAGAGUGUGUGUAUAGUAGGUGCAGUGUGUGUGUAGUGGAUGCAUAGGAUGCAGUGUUUGUAUAGUGGAUGCAGUGAGCAUAAACUAAAUGUAGUGUGUAUAUUGUAUGCAGAUUGUGUGUGUGUGUGCAUAGUGGAUGUAAUGUGUGUGUAUUGUGGAGGCAAAUGUGUGUAUGUAGUGGAUGCAGUGUGUGUAUAGUAGAUAUAAUGUGUGUACAGGAGUUGUAGUGUGUGUGUGUUUAAUAAAUAGUGCAUGAAUGUGUGUGUUUCGUGGAUGUAGUGUGUGUGUGUUUAGUGGGUGCAGUGUGUGUUUCUAGUUAAUGCAGUUUCUGUGCAUGUCUGUAUAGGGAAUGUAGAGUGUGUGUAGUGGAUGCAGUGUGUGUGUUUGUGUAUAGUUUAUGCAGUGUGUUACUGUGUCUGUAUAUUUGUGAGGUAGGAUAGGGGCUUAAUGUGGAUGUGUUUGGUAAGCAGUGAGCAGUUUUUAAACAAUUAUAUUUUAGGUUGUUUUUUUAUGUGGCUAGGGAGGGAGGAUACUACAUUCCCUGGAGGUUCGGUGGUACUCUGCAGGUGUCCAGCUUGCUGUCUUGUACAGUGAAAAGUGGGUCUGAGAGACUUCAGGUUUCAUUUUUGGCAAGUCCUCUCCUGUGCCCUGGCAUUGUGCCUCUUUGUAAUGUUGUCAUGGUAACCUGCACUAACGCUCUGACAACCAGGGCUCACGAUAGAGGGAGAAGACCUGCUGAGGAGGCAGCUGGAGCCUCCUGGGUCCCCCUUUAAUAUACAAGAUAUAUGUUAUUAUUAUUAUUGCCAUUUUUAUAGCGCCAACAGAUUCUGUAGUGCUUUACAAUAUUAUGAGAGAGGGGAUGUAACUAUAAAUAGGACAAUUACAAGAAAACUUACAGGAACAAUAGGUUAAAGAGGACCCUGCUCAAGCGAGCUUACAGUCAAUAGGAGAUGGGGUAUAAGACAAGUUAGGACAGGAAAUAUCAAUCAAAAAGGAUGGGAGUGAAGGAGAGAGUAAAGUACUGCCCUAAGCUUACUUAUAGAGAUGGGUUUUAAAGCACUACUUAAAGAAUUGAAGACUAGGGGAGAGUCUGAUGGGGGUAGGCAGGCUCUUCCAAAGGAAAGGAGCCACCCACGAAAAGUUCUGCAAGCGUUAGUUGGCCUUACGGGUGCGAGCAGCGGUCAGGAGGUGGUCACGGGCAGAGCGGAGGGAACAAGGAGGGGCAUACCUUUGGAUCUGUGAAGAGAUAUAAGAGGGGCUAGAAUUGUUCAGUGCUUUAAAUGUAUGGGUUAGCACUUUGAAUUGACUCCUAUAGGAUAAAGGGAGCCAAUGUAAGGACUGGCAGAGGGGUGAGGUGUGAGAGGACCGACUAAAGAGGAAGAUAAGUCUGACGGUGGCAUUCAUUACAGACUGUAGUGGGGCAAAAUGGCUUUUGUGGAGACCAAUCAGGAGAGGGUUACAAUAAUCCAUGCAGGAAAUUACUAGGGCAUGGACAAGCUCCUUGGUAGCAUCUUGUGUAAGAAAGGGGCGGAUGCGGGCUAUGUUUUUAAGUUGGUAUCUACAGGAUUUGGCAAGAAACUGGAUUUGAGGCUCAAAGGUGAGGCCAGAGUCAAGUAUGACGCCAAGACAGCGUGCUUGCAAGGAUGGGCUUAUGCAGAUAUCACUGACUUGAAGGGAGAGCGAGAGAGGAGGAUCAGUAUUAGAAGGAGGAAAGACAAGGAGUUCAGUUUUAGAGAGAUUUAGUUUCAGAAAGCGCGAGGACAUCAAGUCAGAGAUGGAAGAAAGGCAAGCAGUGACACGUUGCAAGACGGCAGGGGAGAGGUCCGGGGAGGAGAGGUAUAUCUGAGAGUCAUCAGCAUACAGGAGGUAUUGGAGUCCAAAAGAGGCAAUAAGUUUACCAAGAGAGGCAAUAUAAAGAGAAAAUAGAAGGGGACCAAGGACAGAGCCUUGGGGAACUCCAACGGAGACAGGACGAGGGUAGGAGGUAUCCUUGGAAAAGGAGACACUGAACGUUGGGAGAGAUAAGAGGAAAACCAUGAAAGGACAGAGUCACAGAGACCAAGUGAUUGAAGAGUUUGAAGGAGGAGAGCAUAAUCAAUGGUGUCAAAGGCAGCUGAGAGGUCAAGGAGAAUUAGUAUGGAGUAGUGGAUUUAGCUGUGAUUAGGUCAUUAGUAACUUUGAUAAGAGCAGUCUCGGUAGAGCGGAGAGGGCGGAAGCCAGACUGAAGAGGGUCAAGGAGAGAAUUGGAAUUGAGGAAGCGAGACACACACACAUAUAUAUAUAUUUACAUAUUGUAUCUCUAAAAGUAUCAGGGUCAUUGUUGCUUUUUAUGUAAAAUGAAUACAAGUACACAAAUCUAGACCUUUGCAUUCAGUUUUGGGUGAAUCUAAUUUAGUCUGAAAUUUAGGCAAAUUUUGGUAUCUAUAUAUAAAUGCAUUGGGAAUAUAGGGCCGUGGCCUAGGUCCCUUCAGCUGUAUAGGCUGUACACACUUGAUGGCAAAUCUGUUCCUCAGUGUUGGCCUGUUUGAGGAUCUACUGAUCCAUUUAAUUUUAAUGUACAUCUAAACAAAAAUGUAUUGUUGUUAAUAUGUAUGAACAAAAUAUAAUCGAUGUAUGUCUUUGUGCUAAACAUAGGACCUGAUAUCAUCAGAAAUGUGCAGUUUGGAAAUAUAAGUACUACGUCUAUUGAUCUGAGUUGGAAUCCCCCAUUUGGUAACCAUAGUAAUUACAUAAUUGAAAUGACGGGAGAUUACCUACAGAAUUUGACAACAGAGUCGGCAUCCAUCUACAACCUCACCCCUGGAACCCAAUAUACAUUUAAAAUCUCUGCAGUUGCAGGAGAAAAUGUACCUGGAGAUAUAUACAAGCUAUCUGUUUUCACUGGUCAGUGUUAUUACAAAAUUACAAAAUACAUUUUAACAGUCAUGAUAUCUUAAAAGAAUAAUAAUUGCUUAUUAAAACUUUCAAUUUGUUUUAUUCCUAGAGCCUGAUGUUGUCCAAUAUCUAAAUAUUAGUUGGAUCUCUGCUUCUUCUGCUUUUCUUAGUUGGACUCAACCCCAGGGUGGCCAUUUGUUUUAUCAGUUAGAUGUUACAGGACCCUCUACAAAUAACCUAACUUCUUACACAGAAUUUUUGCUUGUGUCUGACCUCAUUCCUGGAUCCCAGUAUAAUUUCUCUGUUUAUGCAGUAGUUGGAGAAAAUAGGACACAAGGAAAAGCAGUUACAGUUUCAGGCAUGACACGUGAGUAUAAACUAUAACACUGAAGUUAUCAUUAAAAAAAAAUAAUACAUUUUAUGUUAUUUAAAUACAUUAUACACACUAUGGUAUUAAUUAUUGCAUCCAAUAUGCUUUGUUUUCAAACAGAACCUGGUGUAGUCAGAGAUAUCCAGCUUGUAAAUAUAUCUUCUACAUCUAUUCAAUUGACAUGGCUUCCACCAAUUGGUACACACAGCUAUUAUAAGAUUAGUGUGAUUGGAGAUAUCUUUCAGGACCUUACAACAUCUUCAGAAUCAUUGUCCAUAAAAGAUCUCACUCCAGGAACAUAUUACACAUUUGUAAUAUCUGCAGUGGAAGAAAACACUGAAGGAACAACACAGGAGAUUUCAACAUAUACAGGUAAGGAAUCACUUGAUUGUUCAUUCUUUCACAAAACCAUAUAUCUAUAA